GUUUUCGGGUGACGCGACGCCAUCGUCCGGUGCAUCGAAAGUGCUGAAGAGCUCUGUCAGAAUCUCGUUGGACGAUUUCUCGGGUAAUCCGGGCUCCGAUUUAAUCUUGACGCCAUCGACACCGACGGUUGUGAUAAGGUUAUUUUUCAUUACAAUCGCAAGCUGCGUAUCGCAAAGAAAUUGGGACAAGUUCAUUGCAAAUUCGCCAUUAGGUAUUUAAAUCCACGCGGAAGUGCGUAGCGACAUCUGUGAAAGAGAAAAAAACGGCAGGAAAUCGGCGGCGUUUGAAAGCUAACGAUUUUUUUUAAUUUCUUCCUCUCUCUCUCUCUCUCCCUCUCUCUUUCCUGUGUCCAUUUAAAUCACGUUUGAGGCUUCGCAUCGUGCUUUCCUUGGAAUCAUCUAAUUCAUACAACUUUGACGUUGAUCGGCAUACUUGGAGUGUUGGUGGAAAAAAGUUCGUGCAUGAAAAGCAACGUAGCAUCGCGCACUCCGCUCGCAUUUAUAAAUCAUGUCGCAUCUAAGAUUUAUGAAAGAACUCAACAAUCUGACUCGUAUGGACGAAGCUAUCAAGGGUCCAGUACCGCGAUGGCAGAAGAAAUGCAUGGAGACGUCAAAUUUAAGUAUUAAUCUUAGUUUGAAUUCAUCAAAGAAAGUUCUCACAAGUAGUUCUUUCAUAAGCAGUGUGUCAGGAAAAACCCCGACGAAAAGGAGCGAUGGCAAGACCAAGAAAACUCCCUCUAAAGGCACAAAGAAAUCUCCAAGUCGUGUCACUCCAGCUAAGACACCCAAUGGUGGUGAUAGAUUUAUUCCUUCAAGAUCUACAACCAAUUUUGAAUUGAGUCAUUAUAAGAUUCUUCAGCAACAAAAUGCAGAACAGGAUGGAGAUAAAGCAAAUAAUAUGAGUCCUACAAAACGAGAGAUGCAGCGUCUUAUGGGAGAGAAUCUGCAUGGUGGUGAUAUAAAUAGUAUGAGAGUUUUAUCUUAUCAGAUCAAGGCACCAGCACCACCAGAGGGAUAUCAAAAUCCUUUAAAAGUUUUGUAUAGUCAAACUAAAACACCAGCUAGUGUUAGAGGUUCCACGAGAUAUAUACCACAAGCUGCUGACAGGAUAUUAGAUGCACCAGAAAUCAUCGAUGAUUAUUAUUUAAACUUAGUGGACUGGUCAAACUCUAAUAUCUUAGCCGUGGGAUUGGGUACUAAUGUAUAUUUGUGGAAUGCUGGGACUGGAACCAUAGAACAAUUAUUCGAAUUGGACGCGAACGACUAUGUAUGUUCUGUUGCGUGGAUUCAGGAAGGUCCAUGUCUGGCAGUGGGUACUACAGAAGGAAAUACAGAACUAUGGGAUUGUAGUCAAAUGAGGAGAAUUCGCGUUAUGAACGGACACACAUCCAGAGUCGGUUCUCUCGCCUGGAACAAUCACAUAUUGACAAGUGGAUCGAGACUAGGUAAAAUAGUACAUCAUGAUGUCAGACAACGGGAUCAUUUGAUCUUGACUAUAAACGCACACGCUCAGGAAGUAUGUGGCUUAAAAUGGUCAUUUGAUGGACAGUAUUUGGCCAGUGGUGGCAACGAUAACAUGCUGCAAAUCUGGCCAUCGAUCAACGGGCGAAAUCAUUCUCAACCUAUUUAUUCGUUCAAUCAGCAUCAAGCUGCUAUAAAGGCACUUGCUUGGUGCCCCUGGCAAAGCAACGUACUUGCAAGCGGUGGCGGCACCGCUGAUCGAACUAUUAGAUUUUGGAAUGUCAACACAGGUGCUUGUUUAAAUACAAUAGACACAAAAUCUCAAGUCUGUGCUCUAUUGUGGUCUUCAAAUUACAAAGAGAUCAUCUCAGGGCACGGAUAUGCACAAAAUCAAUUGACAAUUUGGAAAUAUCCAUCAAUGACAAAAGUUGCAGACCUUAUAGGACACACCAGUCGUGUUUUGCACUUAGCUAUGUCUCCGGAUGGAAGCACGGUGCUUAGUGCCGGUGCUGAUGAAACAUUGAGACUAUGGAAGUGCUUCCAAAUGGAUCCGCAGAAAAAGAAAGAACCUAGCGAUAUAAAAUCCGUCGCUUCCAGACUUAAGCAAUCAAUUCGAUAAAAUUAAUGUAUCGCAAAACACGAUUAUUUUUCAGUAUUUAUUUUCACUAAUUAAUUGUAUAGGUAUGAUUAGGAUAUGUAAUUAAAAAGAAAAAAAAAAAAAAA